AUGUGUUCAGCAUUCGGAAAAGUCUUUCAGAAAAGGAUACGACAGGAGCAAAAGUUCAUAGAGUUUGUUUAUUAUUUAGAUAACGAUCGAAUUGUCAUUUGUGGGCGCUAUUUGGCCAGUCAUCAAAAGGAUACGGAUUUGGUUACCCAUGAAUUGAUGCACAUCGUUCAACAGUAUCCCGGUAAUCAGCCUGGCUGGCUUGUUGAGGGUAUUGCUGAUUACGUACGAUGGAAAUAUGGGGUAGAUAAUGCUGGUGGAAAUUGGCAGUUACCUUCCUUUCAGUCCCGCCAGCGUUACACAGACUCCUAUAGAGUGACCGCUCGAUUCCUUGUUUGGUUGGAACAGCGAGUUAACAAGGAUAUCGUCAAUCAGCUAGAUCGGGCUCUACGACAAAAUAAGUAUAACAACGGCCAAAUAUGGAAUCAAAUAACGAAGAAAAGCGUCAAUCAACUAUGGGAUUCCUAUUCAAAAAGUCCUAAUCUCCAAAACUGA